ACCCUUAAUCCAAAAAGUCUUGAUCCGUUCAAGUACAUUCGUGUUGAGGAUAGGAGAAAGUUGAUUUCUCGUCUUUAUGUUCUAUCAGGAAAGCUAAUUUUCCUCAAUGGCCAUUUACCUAAGUUUAGAUUUUUCACUAUAAGUAGGAUGGUUAUGAGUGGAAAAUACCAUAGGGAUGAGUCAAAAUCAAAUGAUACAAUAGCGCCAACUGAAAAAUUGCAAUGGAUGCUAGAUGAAUGGUUUAUUCUUGGUGGGAUGAUUAAUAUUGGGGAUUGGAUAUCUUGGCUUAAUUGGCUUGACUUGCAAGGGUACAUACAGAGAAUGAAGGCUUUGGAAAAAAAAUUGAUAGAAUUUUUCAACUAUGAGCUUGAAGAUCACAAGGCUAAAGCUAAGGAGGAUUCUGUCACAAAGGAUAUGGUUGACGUCUUGUUGCAACUAGUUGAUGACCCUAAUCUUGAAGUUAAGCUCACCACCGAUAACCUAAUGGGAUUAAUCCUUAGUAUCAGGUUGGUUCUGCUUCCAUCUCUCGUGACUGAUUGUUGUCUUCAGCAAUUGCACCGAGUCUUCUAGGUGAGCAUGACCGUUCGCUGCCUUGAAGACUUCUCUAUUAUUUAUGUCCUAUUCCUAUUUAGAGACAUAGACAUUUUUAUGUAUUAUUAUUCCAGACUUGUAUUAUUUCCUUUUAGAUGCUCUUGUAUGACUUAGACUAGACCCUGGGGGCACUAUUAUUAUUUUGGACUAUUCUACUAUAUAUAUUAUCGUGAGACUUACGUAUGUAUUCUUUUUCGUUACUUGA